UCUUACUUUUAGAGUGAAAUGUUCGUUGAAAGAGAUCUAACAGAUUCAAAAAAGCGGGAAAAGAAACGUAAACGUGCCUCUCUUAACUUCUCCGUUAGCGAAGUUAAUACAAGCCAACAAAAAUCUCCGAAAAAAUCUGCUCAACCCGCCAAAAUUCCAAAUAAUUCUACCAAGAAAGAAAAGAAAAGGAAGAAAUCUACGAAACCUGAAGAAAUUAGCGCAGAAGUAAAAGAUGAGAAUGAUUUGAACUAUUUAAAAUUACUCCUUAACAAUAAAGACGAGUUAGAUGAAUUUAAAGAUGAGGAUGAGAUUAGAGAUGAUAACGAGGAUGAUGAAGAUGAAAGAGGUCAAGAGGAUUUUGUGGAGGCAAUGUCCUCCCUCCAUGGCAAGAAAAAGAAAAUUACAACAAACCGAGGUUCAAAUCUUCCUCUUACAGAUCAUUCCCUUCCCGUUUCAGACAGAGUUAAUCUGUCUGAUCUUCUAAAUACCUUGGAUUCAGAUACUAGGGCUCUCACUCGCCGUACACAGGGUGAGAAAGCAGAGUUGUUGAGUACGCCCCUGGAAAAACCUCAAGCUGAGAGGAUAACUAGGGAGGCCGGAUACUCGAGGGUUAGAGAGGAUGUAAAUGUUUGGGACGCAGUGGUCCACGGUAGAAGAUUGGCGGAAAAUUUAACAUUUCCUCUGAUUAAUCCCGACCUGAGACUUCAAUCUGCAGAUAAGGUUGUUCAAACCCGAUUUUCAGCUAGUACUCCGCUAGAGCAACAGGUAGCAGCCAUGUUGGCUGGGUCUAACUCUGUUGUCCAGCCUGGAGAAGAUCUCAGUCAGGCAGAGAAGAAAGCUUUACAAGGAUUGACCCCGCGUGAGAUUGCCGAGAGAAAAUCUGAGCUCGCCAAAUUUCGCGCUUUACAGACUUAUCAGGAGGCUAAAUAUAGAAGACAAAACAAGAUAAAAUCAAAGAAGUAUCGUAAGAUUGCUCGGAAAGAGAAGAACAAGGAAAAACUGGCGGAACUUGAGAGAUUAGCGGAGACAGAUCCUCAGGCAGCGGCGGAGGAACUAGAAAGAAUUGAUAGGUACGCCAGAGAAAGGAUGGAUCUAGCUAAGCGUGCUAAGAUGACGAAGGAUAAAGAUCUUCAAGCGCUCGUUCAAGAGAACCUUAACAAGCACAGAGAACUACUAGCCAAGGCUAAAAUAGUUAGUGAAAGCGAGGAUGAAGAUGACUCCGACCUUGAAGAUGUUAAUAUUGAUAAAUCGAAACUACUGAUUGAGGAUCAGGAGGAGGAGAGUUUUGCAGAUUUCUCUGCUGGAUAUAAGAAGUUCUAUGCAGCCGAGCAGAACAAGAAGGAGGUGACCGGCCAGGAGGAGAUGGACGACAUGUUCGAGGACGCAGAGUUCUCCGUCAAGAGGAAGGUGAGGGAGGAGAUGAACAGGAUGGAUGAGGAGGAGAAGGAAGACGAAGAGGAUGAGGAGAAGGAAGAGACGGGGUUAGAACAUGCGGAAAGUUUAAAUUACCCUCAGAAAUCAUCCAACGGGAAAUUGAGGCCGGAUAAAACAGUCAAGGUUCAUAAGAAGGACGAUGUGGACCCGGACGACUUUUUAACCGUUAAAACUAAAAAUCUCAAGUCUGGACUACCAGAGAUCUACGGAUAUAAUGAGGAGGACGAACAGGAUUCGGAUGACGAGCAAAGACGAAUGAUUGCCGAAGCUUUUGCCGAGGACGACGUUUUAGCAGAUUUUCAAAAGGAAAAGGCCGAGCUGGUUGCUGCAUCCAAACCUAAGGAUAUUGAUUUAACCCUUCCGGGUUGGGGGGAGUGGGGUGGUGGCGGCCUAAUGCCUUCCAAGCGAAAGCGCCGCCGAUUCACCAUUAAAGCCCCGCCGGUUGAGAAACGGCGUGAUGAGAAUCGAGGAAACCUGAUUAUUAACGUGGACAAGGAUGAGAAGAUUAGAGCUCACAAGGUGUCAAAGGUUCCUUAUCAGUUCAACGCCGUAUCAGAUUUCGAGGCGUCGAUCCGUGCUCCGAUAGGCAGCACUUUCUUACCCAGGACUGCCUUCUUGAAGUUAGUCAAGCCGAAGGUAGUAACAAAGAUGGGUGAGGUUAUUCAACCCAUGGAUAGAUCCCAUCUCCUCAACCGUAAUAUAGACAUUGUUUCAUAAAUUUAAUUAAAAAUAUAAAUUUUUUAUUGCA